AAAGUACAAAAAAUUUUACGAAGACGGUUGUACAGUGAGGUGGAAACUUUCCAUGAGAUCAGAAGGAUAAAAGAAAAAUCUCCUAGCAUAUGGUUGUUGUUGAACUAACAAAGGCAGAUCUCAGCCAUUAAUUAUUUUUCUUUCUUUUACUUUCAAAAGUUCUUUAGUUCUAUUUAAAUUUUUAAGUUUCAAAGCCAUUUUUAUGUUUCCAUUUUUGCUAAAUGAAUAAAAUAAAAUUGUGGAAAAACAGUGAAACAAAUAAAAAAAAAUAAAAAUUCAAUAAAAAUUUAAAAACUUAGUAUGCAAAAAAUAUGGGAUUAAUAUGGUCAGAAAUGGAAUAAAUUGUUACGACCACCAAUCAACAAUAGACACAAUAGUAGACAAACCCCAUCAACUUUAUUAAAUCAUAGACCAUCAUGUCAAAUAUUGACAUUAAGAAAUGGAUCAGAUUAUGGAAAGCAUUGAUGUGUGGAAGUUUCCUGCUAACCAUUCUUCAAGAUCAUCUCAGCUUCGUAGCUGGAGAAGGGAAUAUUGGUUGCCUCUUUGUGGAGCAACUUUGUGUUCCUAAUCUGGAGUGGUGCCAUGAUGAUUUUGCAUUUGGAAAAUGUCUUCCACACUUUGAAACGGAUCCUGAGCAAAUGUAUCGCGAACCUCUGACUCAAGAGCAAAUCAUCGUACUGAAACAAAUGUUGCAAGAACUACACGGAGCCGGACUUCAAUGGGAUCAUCCGUUUACGCAGUGUCGUAUGCAGAAUGCUAUCUAUGCAAUGAGAAACAUGAUUAAUAUGGAACGAGACGCUUGUGUAAAUUUAGCUCCACCUCCAAUAAUUCCAAAGUUUCUCGAUCCAACAAAUCCGCUUGCUUUCGUACGAUUCACUCAACCUGUUAAUGAUUUUUCUGAUGAAUAUUUGUAUCCAAUAUCUAAAAAAUCCAACGGUCAAACUGCUCCAUAUAGUCAUCAUGGAAUGGCGGCAAAAGAUCUUAAUUUUGUUUCACCUGAACAAUAUGAGCUUCUUCAAAGGGAGUUCACAGUUCCCCGUCCUGAGGAUAUUGACGAUCCUAAAGUUGAACAGGAAAUGAUUGACAUUCUUGAAGGCACCAAUGAUUUAAGUAAUCGAGUAAGUGACAUCAAAAAUCGCAUGGAAUUACGUCGAAUGUUGGCAGAAUACGAACAGCAAAAUAGACUUGUUCAUUCACCAGUGGAUGAAACUUUAUUCGAGGAAACUAAUGACAAUUUCCAAUCACCACAAGAUUACGAUGAUUCUCAAAGAGAGCAAUUUCCAUUAUUUCAACGUGAUUUUCGGCGAGAUGGCUCAUAUUUUAAAGAACGUGAAAGUGAACUCAUGAACAGUGAACGACUACAAAAGCUUUUGAAUGACUUGAGAGAUGAUCAAAAUCAGGUUCAGCCUGAUGAUGGGUCAAGAUCUACUUUUUUCCGAGAAGUGGCUAAAAGCGAACACAUUCCAAAUGCUCAACAUUAUCAAAUUGACGAAGAAGUUUCUCCAAACUUUUUCAGUGGGAGAAAUGAACAUCAUCGUCGAAUGUUUGAUUAUGAAGACACGGAGGCAAAUGAACUUCCAACUGUUUAUUUAAGUCCACGUGAUCAACUUUCAAGUUAUAGAGAUUCUCCUGAUGAUGGAGUUUAUACUGAAGGUGGCUUGAUUUAUGUUCCAGGAAAUUCUAAAAACGAUGCAACAACAAACUUACUGCAGAGUAUAAUGGGAUUUACUCGUCAUGAGAGAUUGGAUGUAAAAAAACCAGGUCCACUUGCACCAAAACCGCAAGAACCAUUGGAAAGCGAUGAUGAACCUCAAAAAGUUGAUAAUAGGAAUCUCGAGCAAUUACCAGCACAUAUGAAAUCUGAAGAACAACCGAAGAUGAAGAAGCAAAUGCACAGUAAUCUAGACCAUGCCAAUUACUCUGUAGAUCCCGAGUUCGCUCAUGUCAUCUUGAAGAACUCUCUGGACAGUUGGCAAGAUGGACAACGCAUUGUUGCUGCUUUGGAAGAGUUGUUGAAUCUUCAAAAUACAUUUACGCAUGUUCGAGUUGAUCGUCAUGAGGUGUCAUUUAAAGUUGAGCCGAAUAUUGACAAGAAAACUGCCGCGGAUGUUGCAAAAUCUAUCAAUGAUAGUCGAUUCAAGAACAAUUUAUCCCGGCGUCUUGGAGUUAUUGUAAAAGCAGCAGGCGUGGGAGACAAAGUGAAAAACUAUGAAGAUGAAUUUAAUGGUGCACGAAUGGAAGCAAUUGAUGAACCCAAUUGGACGAUGAUCGUAUACAUGAUGAUAAUUCUUUCAUCUGCUCUUGCAAUUCUUAUGUGUUUCCUUUUACUGCUAGUAUAUCGACGUGUUUCAAGACGUAGAGAUAAGUUGAAUAACUUACAAGCGGGACUUUCAGGAGUUGAAACAAGCAGCAAAGAUUAUCAAGAUCUCUGUCGUGCAAGAAUGGCAGGAAAAAAUGACACUUCAACAGCAAGAGUUGCAUCUCUUUCAAAAGAAAAUGAUCGACCACCAUCAUCGAGGUCAUCAACAUCUUCUUGGAGUGAAGAACCGGCACUUUCAAACAUGGACAUUUCUACUGGGCAUAUGGUUUUAUCGUAUAUGGAAGACCACUUGAGAAACAAGGGAAGAUUGCAACGUGAGUGGGAAGCUCUCUGUCGUUAUGAAGCUGAGCCAAAUGCUCGUGAAGCAGCUUUACAACCUGAAUGUUCUGCUUUCAACAGAAUAGGCGCACCUUUGCCAUUUGACCAUUCUCGUGUUGUGCUUAAUCAUCUAGCCAAUGCUGAAGGAAUGGAUUAUAUUAAUGCAUCAACAAUUACUGAUCAUGAUCCUCGUGCACCUGCAUAUAUUGCAGCACAAGCUCCUUUGCAAGCGACUCUCGCACACUUCUGGCAAAUGGUUUGGGAGCAAGGAUGUGUGGUGUUAGUUACUUUAUGUAGACUUCAGGAAGGUGGAGAGAGUAGUUGCGCUCGUUAUUGGCCUGAAGAAGGUGCUGAAGUGUAUCAUAUUUAUGAAGUGCAUCUUGUUUCUGAACAUAUCUGGACAGAUGAUUAUUUAGUUAGAUCAUUCUAUUUGAAAAAUCUAAGGACGGGUGAAACACGAACAGUAACCCAGUUCCACUUCCUCUCGUGGCCACAAGCAGGUGUACCGAUUUCCCCUAAAGCUCUGCUUGAGUUCAGAAGGAAAGUCAACAAAUCAUAUCGUGGAAGGUCAUGUCCAAUUAUUGUGCAUAGCAGCAAUGGUGCUGGAAGAGCUGGUGCGUAUAUUCUCUUAGAUUUAGUGCUUGGAAGGAUGAAUAAAGGAGCUCGAGAGAUUGACAUUGCUGCUACACUAGAACACCUCCGAGAUCAACGAGCUCGUCUCGUUGAGACGAAGCAACAAUUUGAAUUUGUUCUGACAGCUGUCGCUGAAGAGGUCCAUGCAAUUCUAAAAGCCUUGCCACAAACUCAAAAUGAGAAACGAGAACUGGAGAAGGAGACAGUUAAGGAGCAAGAGAAUCAAAACGAAAAACCCGCUGACAAACCGGCUAACGAAAAUUAAUGAUUAAGGAUACUAAACUGAAAAAGGAAAACAUUAUAUAAGCAUAGAUAAGUUAUAUUUUUCUCAGCUACAUUCUGUGGCGAAUUUUCCUAAAAAAAAAGAAAAAAGCAUUUAGAGUGGUGAGUUUUUAUUUCCGUAUCUUGAAGCUAUUUUCUUUCAUGUUAUCACAAAAACGUAUCCUAAUCAAACUAUAAAUGACUAAAAAAAAUGAUAAGAUUUAUCCACACACAAACAUUUAAUCAUUGCAUAAAAGUAUUUAUGUCAAUUUAAUUUUGAUGUUGUGCAUGAAAUUUGUGUAAAAUUUACUCCCCAAAAUAAAAAAAAUACAAAAUUUCCCUUUUUGAUUAGACAAUUUAAAAGGAAGGUAUAAUGAACAACCUAAAGAUUACCAUCAAGCAUCUUUUAAAAUUCAAUUGAACAAUGGAAGAAAAAAUAAGCAUAAUAACUUUUAUCUCAAAUAUUUUAAAUAUAAAAUGACUUUGUAAGUUGUUGUAUUUAUUAACCAAGAAAAGACAAUUUAAACUUACGCAUUAUCUACCUAUAAAAAUUUAAUCAUUUUGAGAAUAAUAUUGGAGAAUUAUGGAAAAAAAUGAUACCUAAAGGAGAAAAAAAAACGCAAAACCAAAAAAAAAAAUCUUUCUAGAUUAAGGAUAUAAAAUAUUUAUCUAUUCAUAUUUGUUAUGCGAUAAAAAGACAAAAUAAUGGAAGAUGGAAAAAUAUAAAAUUAAUAUAUAUCAUACCACAUUGCUGGUCAUUUUCGUUCUACAAAAUAUGAACGUUUUGAUCAAAAUUGAAAUGAAAGAAAAUUAAAUAAUAUAUGUUAUCAAUGGAAUUUUUGCUAAAACAUAAAAGGCCAAAUAACAAAUGAAUCAUCGCAUUCCAUUUUUGUCUAUCCAGCCCGCAAAUUUGAAUGCGAUUAGAUUGCUUGAGCCUCACAUUCAUUAAAAAAUGAAAAAUUAAGUGAACAACAUGAUAAAACCAGGGAUGAAAAAAACACAGAAAAUUAAAAAAAAAGUAGUUACUGUUUAUUUUCUAAUCACACAUGUACCUCUCUUUCUCUUUAUAUCGUAUAUACAAAAUGAUGAAAACAACAUAUUUUGAUGACGACGUAAGCACCCACAAAAAGGAUUUUGCUUCAAUGAAACAUGGCUUUAAAGAGAUUUAUACUUUAUCUAUAAAAAUUAAAUAUUUUUCUACAGCACAUACUUGAUUAAUUUAUAAUUGAUUGCAUUUAUUAUAAGUUUUUACAUAGCACAGUAUAUUAUUUUGAAUUUUUAAAUUAAAGUUGGUAAACAUUGUGAGUUGAGAUGAUUAAAGAAAUAUAUUUUCAAUAAAUUAUAACUGUUAGGAAAUACUUUGAAAAAUUUUAAAAGUUAAUAUUAUUCCUUUUGGAAACUUAAGAAUAUAUUUGGAUAAAGAGAUUCUAUUUUUUAUCAAUUGAAGCUCUCACUAUCAGAGGUCAAAAUUAAGAUCAUUUAAAACCGGCAUCUCUUUAUCAAAAAUGAGAUUCGUACUUAUUAUUUAUUCUUGUCUUUUAUUUAAAAUAAUGAAGUUACAAUUUUGGACUGAAAAAUAGGAAGAUUACUUUUUAAGUUUAGUUUGAGCAGGGAAAAUUAAACCAUUUGCUAAAUAUCUACUAGAAGAUAAUUUAUGAGAGUUAAGCUCAUGAAAAAACUGUGAAGAAGAAAUUCUCUCUGAAAGCUUUUAUUUGACUCUCACUUUUUGACAGCUUGCUCUCAGCAAAAAGCUCUUAACGAGAAGAAAGCAAAGAACACAUUGAAAAUGAAACAAACAUUUAACAUUUAACAGGAGAGUGAAAACGAAGAAACGAAUUGAAAAUCUAGCGACGAAAAUUAUUCUUUGAGAAACUUUCAAUUACUUAAUAAUUUAUGGUUACGAUUUCUCAAAAGCAUUUGAAUCAACUUAUUAUACAUAUUCAUGUGAGUCUAUGAUGAUAUGAAAAGAACGUGUUUUAAUUUGUGUAUAAAUGUCCAAAACGAACAAAAAAUAUUAGCAGUUAUACAUUGUUCAUGAUGAGACUCAUGUAACAUGGUGUUUCUAUUCACAACAAUUAUCUCUUUGAAAAAGCAUUUAUCAUUGUUCUAAUUUUUAAGCAAACUAACCAAGAUUAUUGCAAGUACCCCAAAGGGACGCUUUUAUCACCUUUAACAGGCAGCUAGAAAGUUUCGGAUGGAAAGAGUGAAAAUUUCUUCAAGAUCCUUGGAUGAUUCAUUAUUUAUCAUCAAGUUUAAGAGAUUGCAAAGAAUAAAGGCGUCCGAACUUUAAUCCAUUUUAAAAAAAUUAUUAAUUAUUCAGAUUAUAAUGAAUGAAGAAUUUUCCUUAACAAGAAUUAUUGUCAAAUUAACAUCUUCUGCUGAAUUAUAUGAAGCAUAAAUCUAGAUUUGAGCAAAAGAAAAAUCCCAAAAAAAAGUUACAUUAUGAGAUUUUAAAAUAAAAUUAUUGCAAAAUAUUCAUAAAAUUAUUCUAUGAAAUAUGAAAAAAAAUGUCGAGCUUUUAUUUACGUCUACAAAUUAAAACAAAUGCACUGAAUAUAUAGUAUUUUUAUGUCGUCGAGCCUUCUUGUUUUUCGUUUGUCGACACAUAUUAACAUUACACAAUUUUUGGAAGAGAAAGAGCUCUUAAAUUUUAUAGUUUCAAGAAUUGAAAGAUUUUACACUAUUAAAAAGAGGAAUACUAUGUAAUGCUGCUCCUCCUUGUUUUAAGUUUUUACUCUUGAAGCACACAACAUUUAAUCUCACUGUAUUCAUACACAUCCAAUCCAUUUUACUGAACAUUAAUUUGUUCCUCUGAGUGAAAUUCUAUCCUAGUUCAUAUUCCACAAAUAUUUCCAUCCUUUGAUGUACGCCUUAGCGUAUAGCACCGGACAAAUACCAAUAAAAAAUGCUUAGAAUUCCAUAAAAAAGAAAGACGAGAUUUUAAAAGAUUGAAAUAAAAUUUGUGAAGAAAACUACAGUAUGACAAAAGAAACAACAAAAAGGAUAA